UCCCGCCGACGGACGUGAGUGAACCGCCGAUUUGAACAUCUACAUAUAUGUAACGAAUAUUGUGCAAGGCGCACGCGACUAUAUAUGUAAAGGCCUUUGUAUUGGUUAAUUAUACGCAACACGACAACUACUAAGUGAAAUACAGAUGUGUGUAUAAAUCAAUGUCCGCUCUAAACAGGCGGCUGCAGUGCCAAUAAAAAAAUAAAAAUAAAAUACAACCCAAAGCAACUACGGAGUUUGCUGGGGCAACUUUUGUUUUUGUUUUUAAUUAAUCUUCACAUUUUUUUGGCGCGCCUUUUGCGAACAAACUGCGCGCGAUAAGUGAGACAAACAACAAUAAAAAAAAACGACGGAUUCAUAAAAAACGAAUUUUAAUCAAUUACACGUGUCGGCAAACAAAGAGAUAAUCCCAUUAUUGUCUCGCCAAGUGCAUUCGGAUCAAAAAACAGAAUUCAAUCGGAGAGUAAUAAAAUUGUUUUGCAGAAUACUAUUCCAUAGAAGGCAAUCAACAGUGUAAUCCAAUGACUGAGGAGGAGUUUGGCGAUAUACAGGAAAUUAUCAAUGCCAGCAUGGAGUUGAACGGUGGCGCCACCGGAGGAGCCCCAGUGGGCGUGGUUGGAGGCAGAAGCGUGCAGCACAUAUUAUCGCAGUCGGCUUCCUUGCCGGUCAUGUCGUCCCACCUGCCGCUCCACCUGCUGAACCAGAACCAGAACGAGAAUCGAACCCCGAAGCAGGGUGCCAAAGGUAGACCCUAUCUGCGUAUAGUGGAGGAGCCGACGAACAAUAUAAUCCGCUUUCGCUACAAGUGCGAGGGUCGCACCGCCGGUUCGAUUCCGGGCAUGAACUCCACCACGGAGCACAAGACCUUCCCCACCGUCGAGGUGUGCAACUUCGACGGCCAGGUCACCAUGGUGGUGUCCUGCGUGACCAGCGAGGAGCCCCACCGCCAGCAUCCCCACUGGCUGGUCAGCAAGGAGGAGGCCGAUGCCUGCAAAUCGGGCAUCUACCAAAAGCGACUGCCGCCCGGCGAGCGAAAGCUGGUCCUCCAGAAGGUGGGCAUCCAGUGCGCCAAGAAGACCGAGAUGCGGGACUCCCUGGUGGCCAGGGAAAAAAUGGAUGUCGAUCCCUUCAACACAAAAUUCGAUCACAAAGACCAGGUCGAUAAGAUCAACCGAUAUGAGCUGCGGCUCUGCUACCAGGCGUUUAUCAGAAUCAAAGAAGGUGACCCCGUCGUGGCCCUGAAACCCAUCGUAUCUGCACCGAUUUUCGGCAAGAGCAACGAGCUAACCAUCUGCAAAAUAUGCAGCUGCUCGGCCCAAGUGACCGGUGGCAAUACGAUCAUGAUGCUGUGCGAGAAGAUCCUCAAGGACGACAUCGAGGUGCGAUUCUACGAGACGGACAAGGAUGGACAGGAGACGUGGUUCGCCAACGCGGAGUUUCAACCCACCGACGUAUUCAAACAGACGGCCAUCACCUUCAAGACGCCGCGCUACAAAAAUACCGAGAUCACUCAUAGUGUUAAUGUGGAGCUGAAGCUGGUGCGACCUUCGGAUGGAGCGACGAGUGCCCCGAUCCCGUUCGAGUUCUACCCGAAUCCAGGUACGGUAACCUUUGUCCGGCUGCAGCGAAAGCUGAAGCGCCGCCAGGAGCUGGAUGUGUUCCAGCAGAUCCUUUCCCUCGACAGCGAAACCACGGCCACCAAGUACUCGUGUCCACCGAUGGACCUCGAGGAGGAUAACAAUACGGUUUCAUCCGACGAACAGCAGAGUUCGGGAACUCUCAAUGAAUUCGAAAUAGCGGUUAAGAAAAUGCAGAUGCGCCAACGGGGCGAAUCACACGAAUUGGACGGUGGCACGAUCACCGAGUACACGGAUAACGAUAACGAACCCGACAUGGAAAUCGAACUGGAGGUGCCGCAACUGCUGCCCCAACUGGCCGACGACUGCACUCAGACAUCCACGCCCAUGGAGGAGAUCCUCCAGCAUCCCCAACUGCAAUCGCGUCCUCUCACCAAUGUGGAUAAAAUUACCGAGUGGAUGAAGAGCAGCGAAUUCGAGCGAACGGACAGUUUGACGGUGGAGAACGGGGAUACCCAAUCCCUGUCGAAUAGCACGGCCCAAACGGCAUUUACCAAUGUCAGCAGCUUGACCGCCAAUACGACCAUAACGAACCAGUUGGAGGAGGAGGCCCAAGCGCUUUUGGCCAACGGUUCACGCAGGGAUACCCUCGAGAAUCCAGCAGUGAAAGAGCUGCCGGAAAACGAAAAGGAACAGGAACCGGAAAUGGUUUCGGCCAGUGCCCAGGCCUCCGUCGAUUUGGAUGAGAAUUUCGAUGAGACCGCAACUUACACGAGUCUGCAGAUAGCUUUUAACAAUCCCAUAGAAAUAGGUGUUCCCAAAGAGAAAAAGCAGGGAGUUCAGGGCUAUCUGCCCACCAAUCCAUUUGGUCAACUAGACGAUGACGAGCUGGUGGUUCUAACCAAUCCUCCAGCGCCCAGGAUAAAAGUGAACGCUGCUCAGACCCCGGCCACGCCCCCCGAAUCCCCGCCCCUGCCGCUGCCACCUCGAACUCCUUCUCCGGUUUCGGAUCAGAGAUUACCUCCAUUGCCACCGAAACCGCAGAGAAACUCGCAGGACUUGAGCAUUGUUAGUGAUUCUAUCUCUGUGAGCCGCUCGAGAAACGGCAGUCUCAGUUCCAAUAGGACUACUCCAUCGCCCAUUAUUAUAAUGCGGACACCCGAUCAAAGUCCCACCAAAAGGCAGCCAACGCCGAGUGCUUCGCCCAAGAAGCGUCAGGGAUUCUUCUCGAGAUUCUUCUCCCGCCGAAAGAGUCGUGCGGACGACGAGGAAUCCCUGACAACUGGCGGCAGUCCCAAUAAACAGAUGCCUGGUGGUUCCAAGGCCACCACACCCACCGGAAGUAGAGAGCCAAGUGUGGCGCACUUUUCCUUGGGCGAUCCCAAUCGCAGCUCCACGCGAUCCAUGCAACCGCUGGGCAAAAGCGAGGGUAGAAACGGAAAACCCGUGGGUCGAAGUUCAAGUAGUGUUUCGGGAAAGAGACCCGCCCACCUGGAUGCGGAUGUGAUCCACAUACCACUCAAGGGAGGCGAUAGCGAGAACAGUUUACUCCGUCCGGAGAGCUACUCGAAUGCCAGUACCUUGAGUUACGGGCGACCGCUGGACAGGAAGACCCUGAGCACUCUGCAACUGGCGGAUAUUCCCAUCAGCGAUGGCAACAUGGAGUUGAUAGCCAUUGCCGACAGGCAGAGCAUCAAGAACCUGUGCGAGGGAGCCUACGGUGUUGUUUUGGAUCCCAGUGUGGAUCUCUCCGAGGCAGAGCAUUUUGCCCUGUACACCACCAAAAGUCCGGAGCCACCGUUUGGCGGGGAGUUCGGCGAAGGUGGAGCAGCAGGCGAUGGGGCGGCGGGCGGAGCGGAUACCUCGGAUUUUCUCAGUGCAGAUGAAAUAGCCAGAAGAUUGGCGGAGGCCAAUGGAUUGGAGUAGAAAUGAGGAGAA